CUACUUGAGCUGGAGAAUCAAGCAGAGCUGAUCAGAGCCAAACCCAGCAAAUAUCAUGUCAGAGAAAAAUAACCAUAAGAACUCCUCUACAAAUAACAACCAGAUUCAAGACCCUUCUAGAAAUGGGCAGCGGGUCCCUAUGAGCUUCGUGGACCGAGUUGUGCAAGAUGAACAAGACGCCCAAAGCCAGAGUUCCUCCACAAUAAAUAUCCUCCUUACCCUGCUCAAUUGCCUUGCUGACUACAUCAUGCAGCAGGUAGGCUUGGAGGCCAUCAACAAUGGCAGGAUGCGCAACACUUCACAAGAUGGGGAGAGAGAAGUGGACAACCACCACGAGCCCGACCGCGCUGAGAGUGAUGGAACCCGCUUUGCGUUUGAUGAGAUGCCCAAAUCCAAAAAGAAUGACUGAAGACUGGGUCCCAGAGCCUUGAGGGGAUCCUCACAGGCUUAGCCAGGGCAAAAAUGUGUCACAGCUGAGGAAUAUCUGCUGUUGUCAUCAAGAAGUGCUACUAAAGGAUGUAAAU